AUGGAGAAUGAAGAUGUUAUCGAAUCAAUCAAUGAUAGCAAAAACGUAGAAAUGGAUUUUGAAUCUGAUAAUUCCUUGAUCGAUAAUUCAAUUAGUAGCUCGUCUAUACCAUUGCGUCAUGAUAGCAUCGAUUUUAAUAAUCGUGACCAAAGUAUAGCAACGAACCUUGAUUACAUAAAUCCAUCAUAUCAACAAUCAUAUCAACAGUCAUCUGAAUCUUCAACCUCAUCAUAUCAACAGUCAUCUGAAUUUUCAACCUCAUCAUCUCAAGCCAAUGCAAUGAAAUCUGGACUUUUAAAUCGAGUUGGUACUUAUGUAUCAACGACACUUCGUGGAGCAGAUGAUUUCCCAUCAUCAGAAACAAUAAGAGUCGUAUUUCACGCACAUCUGCCUCCUAAUAUUGAAUUUCAUUUCGAAAGAGCCAUCCCAUGCGUUGUUGGAAACAUCGAUGAGCUAGGAAAAUGGGAAUUUCCUAUCGUGAAGCUUAAACAACCUUAUAGUAGACAUAUGCAUCGAACUACUUAUUGGGUUUCGGAUCCGGUUACGAUUCCAGCUUCGAAUUUUGAAACCGGGAAUCAUCGUGUUCUGAGAAAUCUUCUUAGUGAACAAAAUCAAUUUGACGUAGUGCAUCAAAUAAGAAUUGCGGGUAGUGAUUAUUGGACCAAAACCGUCCAUGAUUUCGAAUUUUUAAACUUUAUCUGGCAAUCACUUACACCUACUAAUACUAGAAACAAACUAUUUGAAUAUCGUAUCAUCUUGGGUCAAUUUCAGGAAUAUACAAGGCAAGAAACAACCCAGAAAUUCAUUGUAGAUUGUCUGAAGUCAACUAGAGAUAGAGAAAAAGAAAAAAGACUAUUUUUAUGUGUUCUUAUAGGCUACUAUAUUUUUUUACGUCAAGUGAAUGUUAUAAGUGAUGUCAAUUUAAAUCCAAAAUUUCCUUCAUCGGAAUUCUUUGAUUGCCUCAAUAAAUUUCAGCCUGAAAAUUGGUUGUCUGAUACUCCCGAGAUUCUUUUGAUUGCUAUUCAUGCGUUGAUUCGUAAUAAUAUGUAUCAAGAGUCUGCUGACUGGUUUAAAAGAAUGUUUGCUUAUGCACCUCUUGUGGAUCCAGGAUAUAGUUUCAUUGAUGUUGUUGCAGAAAGGAAUUUAAACCUAAAACGGUUAUUCGAUUUUCUUCCUAAAUAUGUUACUCCACAUGUUAAUAAGAUUGAAGAUCCGCGUGUAUAUGCAAGAGUUGGUGCGUGGUUAAUUCGGUUAUGUGAAGACAUGGAUCAAUUGUUUAGGGUAUGGGGUGAAGUAAUCGAUCAUAACAAAGAAAGAGACAGAUUACUUAAAAAGCCGUUUCUUGAACAUGUUCAUUAUUUAAUUUCGGAUUUUAAAGACGCGAAAUCUUUAAAAAAGUAUUUCGAUAAGAUCCCUGAUCAUUUUAAGAAAAAGGUUGAUGAGGCAUUUCGCCAAAAAUCUUUUAAAUUAAUAAACUCUCCAACUUACAAUUGGAAUAAACUUGACACAGAAGAAAUGCUUGCAAUUCUGAAAAAUCCUGAAUUUAAUUGGAAUAAAUCCGAAUUGCUUGAAGUACUCCAUGAAAUUUCUCAAUCAAAUCAAUGGUACAUAUUGUACAUGUUCUUAGAUUUAUUUAGUUAUUGGUUUCAACUUGAACCGCAAGAAAUACCUUCGGAUAAGAUUCCCGCCAUUUGUGGUCAAUGGUAUCAGCAUGUAUUGGAUCAUGUUAAUGAGAAAAAGGAUCGAUAUGUCUAUACCGUAUUUUCUUAUUUAUCUCAAAUAUAUCCAAAGCUUGAAGGACAUUGGAACAUUUUGUUUAUAUUGGUGGGUAUCGCAAUUGAUAGAGUUAAGCAAUGUCCAGAAGAUAAAAUUCUUAGUACAGUUCGUCAGAUUGACUUCCAACAAGAUAUCGUUCAGUCAUUCUUGCGAAUGGUGAAAGAUAUUUUAAAAUUUAGUAUCAAAAAUACAGACCAGACUUUGAUCAAAAAAAUUAGACUGAUCUGUGAUUGCGAUUCUGAAAUUUUAAAUGUUCCUAACGCGUAA